GAGCGCUUUAAAUUGCUCUACGCUCCUCCAAGCCUCACUGCAUCUUCUCGGCCUCUCAUCUGCCAAGUCUCUGUUCUUCGCCUUUUCUGAUCUGUUUUUCAAAUCAAGUCUUUCAAGAUGCAGAACGAAGAGGGCCAAAAUAUGGAUCUUUACAUCCCCAGAAAGUGUUCUGCAACAAAUAGGCUAAUUACUGCAAAGGACCAUGCUUCUGUCCAGAUCAACAUUGGGCAUUUGGAUGAGAAUGGUGUUUAUACUGGAACCUCCUCCACAUUUGCUCUUUGUGGCUUUGUUCGUGCCCAGGGAGAUGCUGACAGUGCUCUAGACCGGUUGUGGCAGAAGAAGAAAGUUGAUGCCCGACAGUAAUAGAAGAUUGCUUAUUGGUUUCUGUCGACUAAAAAUUUAGAGAGAGUUGCUGUUAGCAUGCAAGGAUAUAUUAUUGAACCAUAUUUUAUUUGGUAGCUAAGGACUACUCUAGUAGUUGGCUCAUGUCUUUCCUUUCGUGAUGCAUAUGGGAUUUCAAGUUAACUAUCAAUCUUAUGCACUUAUAUUUUGUGUUUUAUCA